AUGCCUUCAAGUCUGGCAGCGCAGCUUGCCCAAUCUGCGUCACUAAAUGCCAACCUUCUAAAUGAAAAAUCCCGUCGCAAAUCCACAGAAUCGUAUCUAUUCACUGGACGACAAGCCGACCAAUACGACCUCGAAACUAUCCACGCCUUAGCCGUCAAUGCUUUCUUGCAACUAACGCAGUUGAACCCAGAGUUUCAACGAUUCGAGGCUCCUUUACUAUCAGAGGCUGCGAAGUCAACCGAUCGGACGCUGCAAACAAAAGCAGAGAACGCGAAGCUGGAUGAAGCGAUAACUGGAUUCCUCCACUUGUUGGGCCCGUAUGUUCUGGAAUCUCCUACUGGGAAGGUCUUGGAGUGGCUCGUUCGGAGAUUUAGAAUCCACGAAUUCAACGUCGACGCCAUCCUCACGCUCUUCCUCCCCUACCACGAGUCGCCGCACUUCACCAAGAUGCUCACGAUCCUGCACAUCCCCCCGUCGUCGCCGUGGAGUUUCCUGCGCGCGCACAAGGCCGCCGCGACGAACCUGCAGCGGGCAUCCCUCGUCACGGAGAUGCUCAAAAACUCGCCUGCAGCGCGAGUCGUUGCAGGGUUGCUGCCGAACGCGAUGAGAGAGGGGCAUCACUACCGCGCGCUGACUGCAUUCCACGCUGCCACGCUGCACGAUUUUCUAAUGAGAAGCGAGGGGGUCGACGAGGGGACGGUUGCGUACAUCCUCCCCGCGUGCGUCGAUCCUCUGAAGUCCCCUUCGGCGGGCAAGGACGAGACGUUAGCGAGCUACAUCCUCCUCGUUGCGCUCAGCCAGAAAUGCCGCCUGUCCCCAGACGCCGUGAACGCGAUCGUAGUCGCGAUGACGAAGCGCGCGGCGCUCGUCACGCCCAGCCAGUACCUCAAAGCCCUCAUCUCGGUCUGCGAGCCACAGGAGUUGGAGGAGGGGGCAACCUUCCCCCGCUCGGUGACGAAGGGCCUGCUCAAAAUACCGAACGCGAACCUGCUCCAAGAUGUGGACGGAGCGCUCUCCAUCGUAGGCUCGGAAAAGUUCUUCAAUCCGCUCGUACCAGGGCUCUGCCAGCGCGUCGCCGUCACCGACGGCACCGACGACCAAGACCAGCGCGCGCUCGCCGUGCUGGAGCUCCUCAGCACAUCCGCGCACACGCCCCCAAGCACGCUCAACGUCCUGUGCCGCGCCGUCAUCGAAAAUAUGACGUCCCCAUCUGCGUCCCUAACCGACGACGACGCCCGCAUCCGCCAGAAGAAACUGCGCAAGCUGCUCGCCGCGCUGCAUCAGCGCCACCCGGGCGUCGUGCUCGAGUCAGCGCGCAGGCUUUCCGCUAUCCGCAGUGAUGAAGACCAGGGGGGGAAGGCUGUCGAGGAAUUGGUUCUCUCGUUGUCACUAGGGCUCGACUUGAAGGAGGCGGAGUUGACGGAGGGGGCAGAGGCGGCCGAUCUGAUAGUGGCGGCGACGAGCUUCGAUCUAAUUGUGCGUCUGAACGCUGUAAAACGACUCCUGGCCAUCGUUGCGUCGUCUUCCGGAGACGAAGAGGGGUCUUCUGCGGCAGGGACGGAGAAGAGAGCGAUCUGCGAAGCGCUGCUACGGCGGAUCGUGGACGACGAGAGCGAGGUCGUGGCAGCCGUCUACGCGGAGCCUGGUAUCAUGACGCCAAUCAUCCUCGCAAACCUCCACACGUACCUCGCCUACCUCAGCACCGCGCUCUGCGCCGACCCCUCUCCCUCUCCCUCCUCUAAACCCGUGCAUAAGCCCAAAUCCAGACGCGCUCUAAUCAAAAUGCAUCUCGCCUUCGCCGCGCACCACGUGUGCGUCGCUGCGGACGACGCGGGGGUGGCGGAGCGGGUUUUCCGCGGGGUGGUGUUCCCGUUUGUGAUGUACUCGAAGGCGCGGCAGAAUACGGCGGAGGGGGUGUGGGAGAUUGUUGAUGCGGAUGCGAAGGCGGCGGCGGGGGUGGGAAGUAAAGGGAGUAAGGGAGGGAGAAUUAGCGAGUGCGAUUGGCUGGGUGGGUGUGUCGAUGUGUGGAGGGCCGAGAAAGAGAAGGAGAAGGAGAGCACUGAGGGACGCGAUGACCAUGUCUCGAAGAUGGCGGCUAUGAAUCUUGCUCUGGCUGGCAAGAUAGCAGGUACGCUGUUGUUCGUCACCACUAUCCCCCACCACUCUUGUUCCCUUGCUCUCCCCGAUAUCUUACUCCCAAUUGGCCAUUCGACAGAUAACAUCAUGAUGUCCAACCGCUUCAGCGAGCACAUCGAGACUUUUUGCGAUCACAUACGCAGCGCCAACACCCACGCGCGGGUGUUCGCCCAUUUUAUCGCGCGGGAGCUGUUGGCAAGGUUGUCGGGCGAGCAUCAGCUGGAUGCAGCCACAGAGGUCCUCAGCGCCAUGGGCCUGAGUGCUCAUGGCCCCAUGGAGAACGUGUGGUAUGGCCUGGAUGCCCCCGAAGAGGCGAUAACUGACGAAGCUAUCGGACGAGCCAUCGUGGCGAAACCGAGCAGCCAGAAUACACUUCGGUUGCUCCAACUUUCCAUAUUGGCGCUACUGGCUACCGCACAUCGACCCGCUGACAUUGCGCUCAAUUGGUUUGAAGUAGCCUCCCCCGCUACCGCACAGACCGGCUCGGACAGUCGAGGCGUUCGCUACGUCCAACACGUUAGGAAACUCUACCAACUCGCCAAUCUCUACAUCCCUGUAGUAUUUGCAGUCCACGUGUUAUCCUUGCUCUUCACGAAUCUUGGUGAGGAUUCGCUAGCCUUCCUUGCGAGUGUCUGGACUUCGGAUGAACCGAUAUCCUCCUCUGCCGACAAUGACGUCCACCAGGGCUCUGAUAUGGCAGAUCAACUGCGGAUCGCAUCGUUGCGGCACGCUGCUGCGUUCCUCGAAGCCCACAAUCAGCAACAGAGCCCCUCCCAGUCCAUCGAUUUCCAGACAAUCUUGCCAGCUCUCUUGCUCGCUAUACAGAGUUCGAGUAUACACAUAAGGCAGGCUGGGGUGGACUGCAUAUUCGCCCUGCGGUCCUCUGCGCAACGGACCUUCUCCACCGUCUAUGCCCUGGACUGGAUAUAUGGGAAGGACACUCAGAAGCUCCAGUUUCUUGACCAGGACGACUUCAAGAAAUAUAUCGAGGCGCUGGCGUCUGAACCCGAACAUCUUGUCCACGAUGGCGGAUACUUGGGUGCAUUUCAUCAGGCUCACCUAGGCUCCUCCUCGAAGAAGAAGCACGUCGAGUACCGACGCCGCAUCCUGUGCUUCCUCCUCUCCCAUGUUUCGUCUCUCCCGUCUAUCUCUGCUAAAAUCACCGUACUUAAAUCUAUUGAAAGCGUAUCGGACAAAGCGAAGUGGCAGAUGCUCCUCUCCUUCAUCAAGGCGAUCGAAGGGAGCAAUGUCGAGACGCUCCAAUCGUCUUUCGGGUCCAGGGAAGCAGAAUUUGUCAAGCUUGUCGUGGCUUCAGUGGAUGCGUCCGCUGUCCCCGAAUUGAACGAGCCCAGCGGCUCCCUUUGGCCGGUGUUUUUGGCUCUGCUUCGUCAAAGUUUCUCAGAGAAUGCUAUACCUUCCGCUCGCACUGCUCUGUCCGAGUCCCUUGAACAUGGUUUGUUCUCUGGCCUCAAUCUCCAGCAUCAAGUCACUACGUGUGAAGUACUGCUUGAACGCGCCAUCGUUAGACAGCUCUUUAUGAAACUAGACCUUAGUGUUGCCUUGUUGACGCAACUCCUUUACAAACUUCUGUCGCCUUCUCAAAGCGUCGCGCCUCCGCCUAGCAAACGCCCAAAGGUUUCAGAACCGACCCAGGACUCGCUAUCCGCGUUCAGCCUAUUCGUCGAAAUCCUCGGUGCGAAGGACCUGCCUGCGUCAAUUGACUUGAUCUCCCGCCUUCUGGAAGCACUGAACAAAGUUCUGCAACUUGUGCCAUCUGUACAGAACGAUUUGAGCUAUGUUCAGCAGUUGUUGAUGUCGACUAUCGAAAACGUUGCCGACAAAGUUGUGGAGGCACCCAACACUGUCUCGAGUUCCAUCCGAUUAGAUGUGUUGGUGGAGGUUGUCAGAGUGGCAAGGAAUCCCCAAACCUUCCAUCAGGCAUUGUUACUCAUAGCGAACCUGACCCGUCUUGCACCCGAAGCUGUCCUGCAUAACGUCAUGCCAGUGUUUACGUUCAUGGGAUCCAAUGUUUUCCAUCGCGACGAUGCCUACAGUUUCCGCGUGGUAAAAAAGACAAUCGAUAGCAUUGUCCCUGUGAUGGUAUCCUCCCUCACAAAGAUACACAACGGUGGGAUCAAUCUGUACAUAAGCGCCCGCGAUUUUCUGCAAGUAUUCUCGGAUGCCUCAAACCACAUUCCCCGCCAUCGCCGAACAAAUUUCUUCCUUCACUUGAUUGACGUCCUCAGCGCCGAUGCCUUCCUCCCCCCUGUCUGCAUACUUUUGGUCGCAAAAUCUGCAUCUCGAUCGGCGCGAGCACAAAGCGACGAAGGCCCGUUCGCCCUACCCAACUCCAUAUUGCGACACUAUCCUUCAACUCUCCAAGUAUCCACCCUCGUCGAGGUUCUCAAGGAGAGUCAGCGCUUGCUCAAGUACUGUGUAGACCCAUUGAAUGCUGCCCCUGCCUUGUUAGCGGAAGCCAGUGACGUUGAUUUGAAGACGUUAGCGUCUCGGGCGCAAGCCUUAAUUUCCUUCGUUGGGCAGGCUCUGACGUCCUCGCAGCCAAUAGCUUCAACGAGCAAGCUGCUCGUCGCAGAACUUGUAUAUCUCCUCAUCUCUAUCGCCACCGUACAGGACGACGCCCUUGAAGAUAUCAGGAAAGCAGCCCGAGAUAGCUUGAAUCAGAUAUUAGCAGUCAUACCAGCUGUGGACUUCGUGUCUUCAGUGUUAGUGAUGCUUGAUUCAGCCGAUCUCAAGAUUCAAAAUGGUGCUCUGCAACUAUUAACCGAUCGCUUGGACCGAGUGUCGGAGGGUGUUCGACAGGAAGCAUCAGCGACCUGUGUUCAGAUCCUCAACCACAUAAAGUCGAUCCUACACGACAAUAUGCGGACCUCCCCUCUUGGACUCUCUUGCUUCAGUGCCAUCAAAAUUAUUGCGUCGUCGUCAUGUCCUGGGGAGGAGCCAGCCCUUGUAUCACUUUUACCACUCAUAAUCCUUGCGAUACGCACAAGGACUCUAGCGGAAGGUGCAAUAUCCGCGCUGUCGCCCCUGAUUCCUAAAGUCGGCCCUCGUAUCAUUCCUUUCUUCCGCGAACUCGUUGCCGAGAUUAUAUCUCUGUCAAAAAGUGAAGGCAUCCUGCAACACUCGCUUGAUGCGCUCCGUAGUCUUCUCUUUGUCAUUCCUACUUUUUGGAGUCCCAACGAACUAGUUCAAGUAUUUGACCUCUAUGUUGGUCUAUCGAACACGUCGGACCGGGGUAACUCGAUGACAGGCUUCAUGAAAUCAUUGGCGAAGCGCGUACCAUCCAAAUCCUUAUUGGCUUCUUUAAUCCAGUUCUGGACCACAAAGACAGACUCCCAGAAGCAGUGGCCGGAGGCGUCCCUGGUCGCCUUUUUUGACCUCGUAAAACGGGCUUUACACGCUGCUGAUAAAAUAUCAGUGACCGAGCACCUAAAAUUGUUGUUUAAGCUCUUCAUGGGGGCAUUCGAGUCUGUUAAGAACGGCUCCUCAGAAGCAAAUGUGGCAGAGACUAGUAUCGUCACAGCGUUCCUGGAACUCGUUAUCAAGCUGAACGAUGCCGCUUUCCGCCCUCUCUUCAGGAAACUGUAUGACUGGGGGUUCACAGACGACCCGGGUUAG